AUGCUUCGCAUAUGCCGGAUGUCAGGACAGGAGCUGCCGACAAUCAGCAUGGAGGGGAUUUCGGAUGUGCGAGAUUUGAAAGCUUGUCUUUGCAGUCUUCACGGCUUUCCUAUGUGCAUGCAACAGCUGCUGCACAAUGGCAACUGUUUGGACGAUUGCACCAAGCUAGAUGCCCCAAUCGACUUGCAAUUAGUCCUUCUUGCCCUUUCCACGGAAGUGCAGCAGCGGGGGGCUGUAACCGAGCUUUUCAAAGCUUGCAUGGAAGGUAACCUGGAGGUCGCAAGGCUGCUUUUGGAAGCAGGUGCAGAAACGAUGGAUCUCCAAAACCGCACAGCCCUCAUGCUCGCAGUUGAGCAUGGCCACAUGGAGAUCAUACGGCUGCUUUUGGAAGCUGGGGCUGACACGGACGCGCAGGGUCCCGACGGAACAGCCCUCACGCUGGCGGCUUCGACUGGCAAGGUAGAGAUCGCACCGCUGCUUUUGGAAGCUGGUGCUGACAAGGACCUGCAUAAUUACAAUGACAACACAGCCCUCAUGGUCGCAGCAAAGAAUGGCCAAGUGGAGAUCACGCGCCUGCUUUUGGAAGCCCAUGCCAACAAGGACGCCCAUUCUCACGUUGGCGUCACAGCCCUCAUGCUCGCGGCUGCGCAUGGCCACAUGCAAAUCACACGGUUGCUUUUGGAAGCUGGUGCUGACAAGGACCUGCGGUGUGAGGGGGGCCGGACUGAGACUGCCCUCAUGCUCGCAGCUGAUUCUGGCCACAUGCAAAUCGCACGGUUGCUUUUGAAGGCUGGUGCUGACAAGGACCUGCAUAAUUGA